UGCUGGCUCCACCGCUACAGACUGAGAUUGCUUUCUGUGUUUGUGCUGAGCUCUUGUGUUGUGAUUCUUCUCCCCACACAAAGUGCAUCUGUCGGCAGCCGGCACCGAGGAUAUCUCCCCUCUGUCAAGCAGGACGGCACGCAGCCAUCGUCGAAUCAGACGAGAGAGAGGAAGCGUGCAUGUGUGUGUGUAUGCAAGAGAGGGAAAGAGAGAUAGCGAGGGGCAGUGAGAGAGAGUGAGAUUAAAGCCCAGGCAAAAGACUGGAGUGAAACAGCUUAAAUAGAAAAGUGGACCUAUACGUCCUCUCCCGCUUUCCUUACCAUUCCUUUCCUCCUCCUGUCCUCCUCCUCUUCCUCUCCCAUUUUCAACAUUCUUAGGACUGCUAGAGCUACUGCCACCUGCACCUCCUUGCGUGUUCUCUUUCCUCUUCCUCUACCUCACCCUCACUAUCCAACAGCAGCCGCUAACAAACACGCCGCUCUUGGUUCUAGCACUUGUGGAAAUAUUUCCAUUGAUCCAGCAGCAAGUGACUGAGUGAGCACCUGUCUGAUAUUAAGUCUCUGGACCAGAGAGGCAGAGUUUUGGCAAAAGCUUCCUCAUCAGAGGCAGACCUUCUCCCAGCCACUGUCCAGUCAGACCCUGCCUUCUUCCCAGAGGAUCAGCUUGCGACACAGUGGUGCAGGCAGCGAAGACUGGAAUUGCACAGCCCCUCCGUUGCCUCUGUCCAUUGCUAGCUACUUGGCAGCUCCCGCCCCCGUGUCACCAUUCCCUGCCUCAGUGCUAAGGAUUCCAGCUACAUGGGCAAGCGUUUGGAGCAGCAGCCAAUGUACCCUCAGUACACCUACUACUACCCCCACUAUCUCCAAACCAAGCAGCCCUAUGCUCCACCCCCUCAUCCCAUGGCUCCUCCCAGCCCCAGUACCAACAGCUGCAACCAGGGAGGGGCAGAGCAGCUAAGUAAGACCAACCUGUACAUUCGUGGCCUGCCACCUGGGACCACCGACCAGGACCUCAUCAAGCUCUGCCAACCGUAUGGAAAAAUAGUGUCAACCAAGGCCAUUCUGGAUAAGAACACUAACCAGUGCAAAGGCUAUGGCUUUGUGGAUUUUGACAGCCCAGCUGCAGCACAGAAGGCCGUGUCGUCUCUCAAAGCCACUGGGGUGCAGGCCCAAAUGGCCAAGCAACAAGAGCAGGACCCCACCAACCUGUACAUCUCCAACCUGCCAGUGUCCAUGGAUGAGCAGGAGCUGGAGAAUAUGCUGAAGCCCCUGGGUCACGUCAUCUCCACGAGGAUACUGAGGGAUGCCAAUGGGGUCAGCAGAGGAGUUGGCUUUGCCAGGAUGGAGUCUACAGAGAAGUGUGAAGUUGUGAUACAGCAUUUCAACGGAAAAUACCUGAAAACCCCACCAGGCAUUCCAGCCCCCACAGAGCCUUUGCUGUGCAAAUUUGCCGACGGAGGGCAGAAGAAACGCCAAAGCCAGAGCAAGUACCCUCAGAAUGGAAGGCCGUGGCACAGAGAAGGCGAGACUGGCAUGGCGUUAACAUAUGAUCCUGCUGCAAUGCAGAAUGGGUUCUACUCCUCGCCUUACAGCAUCGCCACCAACCGCAUGAUCGCACAGACCUCCAUCACGCCCUUCAUCGCUGCUUCCCCCGUUUCCACAUAUCAGGUCCAGAGUACAUCAUGGAUGCCUCAUCAACAAUAUGUUAUGCAACCUACAGGUGCAGUGAUCACGCCAGCCAUGGACCACACUAUGUCCAUGCAGCCUGCCAGCAUGAUGGGCCCUCUCACCCAGCAGAUGAACCAUCUGUCCCUGGGCACUACAGGAAGUUACAUGACUGCUGCAGCUGCCGCGGCGCCUAUGCAAGGGACAUACAUUCCCCAGUACACUCCUGUGCCUCCAACAGCCGUCCCUGUCGAAGGAGUGGUGACAGACGCCUCACCCCAGACAGUGGCUCCUUCAUCACAGGAGGUGGCUGGCCAGCAGCAACAGAUCCAGGUGGACAGUGCUGCCGACCAUGUUCCUGCUUACUCAUACCAGUCCAAAUAGCAACGGCCUGAGCGAAUGUUCCUGUGACAGCGUUGCCUUGAGACAGAGGGUGGCUGCACUGUGAAUGUGAGGAAAAGAGAAAAGAAAGAGAUUGCUUCCAGAUUGCCCAGGCACCAAAAAAAAAAGAGACCCUUUUUUUUUUCAUUUCCUACCUGGCCUAUGAGGAAAAAAAAAAAAAAAAAAGAAAAGAGAGAAAAAAAAAAAAGUCAAGACGGAGGCAGAGUGCUAAGGAAAGGGGAUGUGGGGAAAUUGCUGGGCACAGUGCAAAGAAGUGAAAUAGUUUAGUCUGGGAACCUGCCUGAAGGGCUGGGCUGAAGCUUGAAAAGUUUCACAAAGAAUUCUCAACUAAUUAAGAAAAAAGGCAAAAAAAAAUAAAUAAAUAAAAAUAAACACAAAAUAAAU